UAAGCGUACUUUAUGGUAGUUGAUGGUAGUGCCUUGCGCAAUUUAUUGUGCUUUGCAGAAAAUUAAUUUGACAUUAUCAAAAGCACCGAUAACGAAAGUACGGGCGAUUACAGAAAUUCGUUUCGCAUUUUGCAUUGAAAUUUAUAUAAACUCGACGUAACUACUGGCUUGAAAAUGUCUCUUCCUCUCAAACCGGAGCAUCUAACGCAGCUAAAAGUAUUUGUCGAACUUUGCAUGGUGAAUCCUGCGAUAUUACAUCACCCAGAACUAGCUUUUGUAAAAUCAUUUAUCGAACACUUUGGAGGAAGUGUUGGAACAGCUAAAGAUGACGGAUCGUCAAGUAAGACAGCUGGAAGUACAGAUAAAUCGAAAGCAGCAGAACCUGAAGCGGAACCAGAAAGCGAGGAAAGCGAUUUAGAACUGGACAUGGAAGGUGUUAUCGAACCAGAUACAGAUGCUCCUCAAAAGAUGGGAAAUCUUACCUUACAACCAACGGAAGAAGAAAUCGCGGAAUCUCAAGCCAAACGAUCCGAGGCUGUGUCAGCAUUCGCGGAAAAAGAUUACGAAAAAGCUAUGGAACUGUAUACCGAAGCCAUCGUACUGAAUCCACAGGCCUCGUUACUUUACGCCAAACGCGGACAAGUAUUCUUACUGUUGAACCGGCCUAACGCUUGUAUACGCGAUUGCAAUCGUGCGUUGGAGCUAAAUCCAGACAGUGCGGCAGCUCACAAAUUCAGAGGAAGGGCCUUUCAGUUGCUUGGAAAAUUCGAAGAAGCAGCUACCGAUUUGCGGCUUGCUUGUAAAUUUGAUUUCGACGAACAGGCUGACGAAUGGCUGCGGGAAGUUACUCCAAACGCUCGCAAAAUCGAGGAGCACAAGCGGAAGGCGGAACGCAAGGUGAAAGAAAAAUUGGAACGCGAGAAACAAGAGAAAUUGAAGAAAGCUUGGGAGAGUGCAAAGGCAUACGAGGAAAACACCCGCACCUCUCAAACCGAUACAAGCAGAGACACCGCUGGUACCAGUGAUUUUUACAAAUUCCUCAACGACCCAGAGGUUCUUCGAGGUUUCCAGGACCCGGAAAUCAAUGCAGCCUUCAAGGAGAUCUCUAUGAAUCCAACGAAUAUUUUGAAGUAUCAGGGCAAUCCGAAGAUAAUGGAGUUUAUUAACAAGAUAACUUCGACUUUCGGCUGGGGGUCUUGUCCUGGCAUGGGUGGUGGAAUUCCAGGUUUUCCGAGUGGUGCAGCUAAACCAGAGUCAAAGCCGGCUCCUCCAAAGCCGCAACCGCAGGUCGACGAUGACCUCGAUUAAACAGCAUUUAUCCUCGUACGAUAACACAGCUCUAUUGGUUUCUUUGUACUAAAGCGAUCCGCUCUCGAUUACAAAUCUAGUUGGAAUCUACUUGCUACUAUUUUUAUCCGAAUUAAAUUCUAUUCUGAAAAGGAUCAACAUCGGAGCUAUAACGAGAGUAAUGUAUCUAUACAUAUACGUUCAAGAAUAUGGAAAUGACCAUCGUAUUUUACGCAUAGAGAAUAUCGAUACUCGUUAAUUAAGCAAACGUCCAGUUAUGAUUCCUAAUUACGAAUUAUCGAAUGAAAUUGUUCUUUGCUAUGCUCUACGCUAAGGAAAGACUCGAAGAAACGUAUCGUUUUGAUUUUUUUUUCUGUGCGAUUUUUUAAUUUUUUAUAGGUGAUACUAGAGUUCGUUUUUAUUGUAUCUUUUUUUUUCGUUUUUUUUUUUAAAUUUUUGUUUUGUAAGUGUUAAGCAUACUCGCGUUAGUUAGAGAUGGUUGCCAUGUGAUAAAGAAGCGUUCGUUGCUCGACGAAGUACUUUCUUGUCUUAUUUUCUUUUUCUUUCUUUUUUAUUUUAGUUUUAAUUAUCACUACACUUAUCGUUAGCUACACGCUAUCGUCUAUGUUAAGCGUUUCACGCGGCACUUUGUUCACUUUGCUCGAAGGUAAAUAAUAUUCUAUGCGUUGAAUAAAAACGAAUACGUUCUCACACUUUGCGACGUGUCUCCUUAAACGAUUUUCCAAUGUUAAAUGAAAAAUAUAUAAAAAGCUAUUUACCAUUGUAAAAUGUACCGAUAAAUCGUCGCUGUUCGUGAAGAAUAUGGCGGAUCCAGAUUGUACAUACCUAUAGAGGUAGAGAAACGGAAUGCUUUUUGACAGAAAUGUUCGCUAAACCCACAGUUUCCGUAUUUUUAUAUGUCUUUUUGACAGACAGUGAAAUAUAAUUUUAGAUAAACUUGAUGGUUACGAUACGUUGUUCAGAAAUUCAUUAUCCUCGUUACGAACUAUGUUGUUGUUAUUAUUAUUAUUAUUAUUAUUAUUAUUAAUAUUAUUAUUAUUAUUACUAUUGCUCGUUAAUAAGAAGGCAUUACUUUGUUAUCAUUCGAUACAAUACGAUACGGAUAGUGUGAGUUGACGAGUAUUAAACAAACGAUAUAGUGCUUCGAACGUGUUUGUUCAAACGUAACUGUCAUAAUAUAAUACCGCGUGUUCAAUAAAUAUAUCAUACAGUUCUGUAUA